UUUACCAGCGCGGAUAAGCAUAGGCGGGUCUAUGUGCAGUAGCGUCCACACUGUGUGUGUGUACACACAGAGACAGGGAAAGCACUGUACGUAGGACGGGGCAGUUCGAGGCGGUACGAGGCGGCUUUUUAUUCAUCAAAACUAUGUUUCGAAGGCUCUUACAAAAGGCUCCGACUCCAGGAAAACCGGGUACAGAUGACCCCUCGGCAGAUGCCAACAAUGACUCCUCGGAGGGGUUCAUCUGCCCCGUGUGCAUGCAGCCGUAUGGCUCGGCAGUGGAACUGUUCUCGCACCACGAGUCUGCGCACAGCGUUCCGCCGCCGGUCAGGGCGCCCGAUAGCGCCGCCCCGCCGCCCGGGCACGACACCGAAGGUUUCAUUUGCCCCGUUUGCAUGAAGUCGCUUGGCUCGGCAGAUGAGCUCAGCAGGCACUACCAGAGCUGCCACAACGAGGGGUCGUCAGCGGACGGAACGCCCGACUCGGUCAGCGUCCCCUCCCACAACAGGGAAGGGGAGGUGACCAUACUGAGGCAGGAGCUCAAUGAAGUUCAGACGUCGCUGAAGGAGGAGAGAUGGUACUCAGAAGAGCUCAAGAAAGAAUUGGAAAAGUUACAGGGGCAGUCCAAGCAGGAAGGCGACAAAGACGGUGAAAAGGUUGAUACGACAGUGGUGCAGGCCCUGCAAGCCCAACUGGACGAUGCCCUGACGGCGAACCAGGAGAUUCAGCGCAUGAAGGACCUUCUGGAGCAGAAGGCGGCCUCCUUGGCCUCUGAAAUGGCUGGCGUGAAGUCGUGCGUGGAUGAGGAGAAGGGCCUGAAGGAGGCCGCUGAGGAGAAGAUCAGGGAGCUGAGCGAUGCCCUCACGAAGGAAAAGGCCAUUGUCGAAGACUUAAAAACAGAGCUGAUGCAACGCCCAGGCGUGGAUGAUGUGGAGGUGCUAAAGAAGGAACUGGUGCAGGUGCAGACGCUCAUGGACCAGCUGACGCGUGAGCGCGAGGAGGCAUCCGAGCGGCUCAAUGAGCAGCACCGACAGCUCCAGCAGAAGCACAGCCAUGCCCAGGACACCAUAAAGAAGCUGAAGGAGGAGCUCAAAAAGGCCCCCAAGGAGGUGGCAGCCCUCUCGGAGAAGCUCAAGCAGCUGGGCUCCACCAGCGAGGAGACAAAGAGGCAGCACCAGGCGCUGGAGCUGGAGCUGGUCGGGAAGCGUGCCGAGUGCGAGCGGCUGUCGGAGCAGCUGCAGGCGGCGAGCCACGGCCAGGCCGGCCUGAGCGGGACCCUGGAGGAGCGGCGAACUCAGCUCGAGAAGCUCCACUCGGAGCUCAACGCUCUGCAGGCAUCACACGGGGAGCUGAAGGCGUCGGUGGCGACGCUGCGGGAGGCCAACGCCGGGCUGCAAGGGGCGCGCGGCACGCUGGAGGCCACGCUGGCGGAGCGCGACGCCGAGCUCGGGCGCCUGCGUGCCGAGCUGGCCGAGGCCGAGGCUCAGGGCCAGCGUCUGGGCCUGGAGCUGAAGCAGACGCGGCAGAGCAAGGAGGAGAAGGAGCAGCAGAACGCCCAGCAGCAGGCAGAGAUGAGCCAGCUGCAUGCACGGCUGCUGGAGACGGAGCGGCAGCUGGGCGAGGUGCAGGGCGUGCUCAAGGAGCAGCGGCAGGCCUCGGGCGAGCGCGUGAUGGAACGGGAGCAGCAGCUCUCCGACCUCACACUGCAACUGUCGCUCAUGGAGGAACAGCUACAGCAGAGCAUGGCGUCCGUGGCCGAGGUGCAGAGCCAGCUGGAUAAAUCGCACAAACAGAGCCAGGAACUACAGGCCGCGCACCAGACCAGCACGGCGAAGCUGCGAGAGGCCCAGAGCGACCUGGAGCAGGUGCUCCGGCAGAUUGGGGACAAGGACCAGAAGAUUCAGAACCUGGAGGCGCUGCUGCAGAAGUCCCGUGACACCGUGGGACACCUGGAGGCCGAGCGGGACGAACUCUUCGGGAAGAUCCAGGCGGGCGAGGGUGCCGGCGAGGCCAUCAGCCAACUGCAGGAGAAGAACAGCGGUCUGCAGGAGCAGCUGUCGCAGCUGACCGAGCGGCUGGCUCACCAGACGGAGAGCCACCGGCAGGCGCAGGAGGACCUGCACAAGAAGGUGCAGGAGCUCAAGACGCAGCUGAGCGCUGCGCAGGAUCGCUGCGCAACGCUGGAGGCGGCGACGUCCGAGCUGAAUUCGCAGCUCGCGGACGUGCGGGAGAAAGCCACGCAGCUCGACUCUCAGGUGAAAGCCAAGUCGGAGCUGCUUCUGGCAGCCGAAGCGGCUAAAGGGGCCCUGAGGGCAGAUCUGCAGAACCACACGGAGCAGUCGCAGAAUGCCCUGCAGGACAAGCAGCAGGAGCUGAAGCAGUCGCUGUCGCAGAUGGAGCAGCUCCGUGCAGAGCUGGCUGCGCGGGCCGAGAGCUGCUCGCAGCUGGAGGGCAGCCUCAAGGAGCAGCGGGAGAAGCUGCUGGUGGCCGAGCAGCAGACGGAGGAGCAGCAGGCGAGAGCCAAGAAGCUGGAGGGGGAACUGACGCAGGAGAAGCGCAUGAUGGAGAAGGCCCGGCAGGAGCUGAGCGAAUCUAACAAGCAGCGGCAAGAGUUGGACGCUCGAAUUCAGGAACUGGGACAGCAGCUGGAGUUUGAGAAGGAAAGCCUCGCUCGCUCCAAGGCUGAGUUGGGGCAAAAGAGCGAGGAGCUGGCAGCUGCGGCGGCACGGAGAGAGGAGGAGCUGCGCGGGGAGCACGAGCGACUGAAGGGCGCCGCCGAGAGGCAGCGAGCGGAGGCGGAGGGAUGCGCCGCCGGGCUGUCGGCCCGCGCGUCCGCGUUGGAGUCGCAGCUCGGCGAGGUUCGGUCGGAGCGAGAUUCCCUCGCGCGGGAGCUCUCCGAGGGCAAGCGGCAGCUGGAGGAGCUGAGCGCCGGCGUCGCAGAUGCGCAGUCGCAGCUGGGAGCCGAGAGGGAGGCUCGCAAGAUCGGCGCCGCCGAGACGAAAAAGAAGCACAAGGCAGCGAUGAAGGAGGUACAGGCGCAGCUGGAGAAGGCGAAGAAGGAGCAUGAGCAGCUGCUCGGCACUGUCAUGCAGACGGAGGCGACGGCGCAGUCGCUGCGCGAUCAGGCGGCGGGUACCGCGGCUGAGCUGGCGUCACUGAAGCAGGCCGUGGGGCAAAAGGAGGCCGAGGUAAAGCAACUGCGCGGCAAGGUGGCCGAGUCGGAGAAAUCGGCCAAGCAGCAACGGAAGGACCACGAGGGGCAGCUGUCCAAAGCCGCAGCCGAACUUGCGGCUCAGACGGAGGCUCUGCAGCUCUCGCAGCAGGAAACGAAGGCCACCAACGAGCACCUGGCCCGGGAGAGGGGCCAUGUGGAGGACCUGCAGGGCCGGCUCCAGGCGGCACAGGCCGAGAGCACCCGUCUGCAGGAGGACCUUUUCGGCAAGGAGUCGGAGGUCUCCGCCACCUAUCAGGACCUCAAGGCUGUGGAGAAGAAGCUGUCAGAGGCGCAGGAGGAGCUGUCGUCAUCGCGCAACGAGCUGAGCGGUCUGCAGCAGCGCCUCGUCGAGCUGGAGCAGGAGAAGGCGGGGCUGGCGGCCCGAGCGGCCUCCCAGGCCCAGGAGCUGGAGGCCAAAGUGCAGGCCGCUCAGCAGCUCGAGAUCAGCAAGGUGCACAAGGAGGAGGAGCUGCAGGCGGAGAAGAAGGCCAAGGCUGCGUUGGAGAAGGCUCGCUCAGCUCUGGAGGAGAAGCAUGGCAAGCUGAGCGAGGAGCUUAAGUCCAGCAAGGCACAGUGGGAGAAGGAGCUGGCAAGCUUGAACGAGGCCAAGCAGCUGCUGCUGCAGCAGAAGCGGGAGCUGCAGUCCAAGGCAGAGGGGGCGCGCUCGCUCAUGGAGCAGGAGAAGAAGGACCACCAGGCGACCCGCGACGCGUCCACCCAGCGGAAGCAGGAGCUGCAGCAGGAGGCCGCCGCGCUGCAGCAGAAAGUGGAGGAGCAGAGCCAGGAGGUGGAGAAGCUGCGCAAGGCGCACGAGGAGGCAGAGUCUCGCGCCACGCUGCAGCUGUCGGCGCUCAACGAGAACCUGGGAACCAUGCGCAAGGAGUGGCAGUCGGCGCAGCGGCGCACGGCCGAGCUGGAGAAGCAGGGGGACGAGCUGCGGGGAGAGAUCGCGGUCAUGGAGGCCACCGUGCAGAAUAACCAGGAGGAGCGGCGUGUGCUUUUGGACAGGUGCAUAAAGAGCGAGGCAGAUAUCGAGAAGCUGCAGGCGAAGGUGACGGAGUUGAGACGGAAACUGGAGGACGUCACCGCGGCCAUGCAGGAAUUGGGCCGGGAGAACCAGUCUCUGCAGAUCAAGCACACUCAGGUGCUCAGCCGAAAGUGGGCGGACGACGGCGAGGUGCAGAACUGCAUGGGCUGCGGGAAGGGCUUCUCCGUCACUGUGAGGAAGCACCACUGCAGGCACUGCGGGAACAUUUUCUGCGGAGAAUGCUCGGCUCGGAAUUCGAUGAUCCCGUCAGCCAAGAAGCCAGUGCGAGUGUGCGACACGUGCUUCGAAGAACUGAAAUGAUGAGGCCUAGCGGAGUCCGCAACUGUGGCGGGCACCUGCCCGUGUGGGAGUGCGCGUGAGUGCGCGUGAGUGCGCGUGAGUGCGCGUGCCUGCGUUAGUAAAGUGUGCUGUCCGAGCGUGCCGGUGGGUGCGUGUGAGCGAUACUGAGCGUCGGUGCUUGUGCUUGUCCGUGCGUCGUGCGUGUACUCGCGCGUGCGUGCGUCUGCGUCGGUGCGUGCGUGCGCGGUCCUCUUCAAACUCUGCGAGCGUCUUACCGUGGAAAGAUCUCCUGCAUGCGACCUUAAGUGUCUCAUGGAUUAACACUACACUAAAUGACAUCGUAUAUAUAUUUUUUAUUUAAUGUUUGAAAGUCAUCUUAAACAUGAAGACCCUGUAAAAAAAAAGAUUUUAAUUAAUCUUUCAAGAGAACAAAGAAAAAAAACAAUGCAGAAAUUGUUUCAAUUUUUAUUUUGCAUUCAACGGUUCCGGCUCGAAGGCGUUUGGGUCACACACGCAGAUUUGCUGCACCAACGGACGGCAUGCACCCGGUUUGCAGGCAGCGUGCGCAACAACUACAGCCCCAGUGAUAAUACCUCUAAUCGGCGCAGACAAAGCACUGCCUCACCACGGUGGGGAUGCAGAGAGUAGCCUCACCUCGUCAAGAGCGCGUUCGGCCAUUCGGCGUUCACGUAACAGUCCGAUGACGGCUCGCCUCUCUUUCGUCGAGAACGCAGCGCGCUACCGUUGCUGUCGAGGCUAUUUUUUUAGCGAAUCACGACUUAACCGAAGUAGCUCCAAGAAGCCGCCCUAGCUCCCAUUGCCUUACAAGGUUCGCGUCGUUAAGUUCUCCACAUUCCUUUUGCCGCGUUUUUGUUUUGUCGCCCGUGAUGGCGUGACCGUCGUGUCUCGCGUGGCGAGGUCGGGCAUGCCGCUGUAACAGCUUUUCGUUCGUCCUCAACGCCUCGGCAAAACGGUCGGGACGAUGGCGGCUGGUGCGGGAGGCGUCGUGUUUUAAACGCUGCCCCUCGCAUUCGAACGCGUCGCUCUUUUUCUUUCAUGCGGCGCCGAGCGGUGCGGAAACCUCGACCCGCCGAUUCCGCGCCGGACGAGAAACGCCUUAAAAGCGAUCGGCGUUCUCGAGCAUACCACGAUAAUAAUCACCGCGGCAAGUUCUCUCGCGCCGUGGCGUGGCAAGCGGUGGCGGCCGUGAGCCUGAGCGCGUGCGUGCUCGCGAGGUUACAAGCACGGCCCGCUGGGGCGUUUUCCGCUUGCGCGGUGAAGGAGUUCGUGCUCGGGCCAGGGGGGAAAAAGCAACUGCAGAACGACACUUAAUGGCGUGAAGCUACCUCCCAUCCUGCCCGUGUAUACCGGGCACGUAAAGAUUUUACCAGCGAAAUUUAGACCUUUUUUUUGCCGUCGGGGAGAAUGUAGCGCCUCUGCUGGCUGCAGGGAUUGCGCGAAAUCCAGUUCUUGCAUUCGAUGCGUUCGGAUUGAAAAUGAUCGAUUCUCCCGCGCGAGAUUUGAUGCAUGGGUUGUGAGCGCAAGAAUCGUGUUUCAUUGCCUAAUUGGUGCAUCGUUACAUGCCUACUCCGAGUAAAACGUGAAGUUACGUAAUAUUCUGAAACGACUGAUAAUCACGGCAGCUGUAUAAACUAGCGGUACACAGCUCACCAGACAUACCACGUAUCAACAAGACUGACGAUUUUAACAAAAUUAUAAUUUAAGAAUAUAAUAUGAUUUUUCUUAUUGAAUGUUAUCAAGUGUUUUAAGGUUACCUAAGUACUCGUAACGGAGAUAAAUGACACUGGGAUUGUGCAUUGUGGCUUUGUUCUUGCUCCGAUUUUCCUUAGCAGACGGAGGAGGGGGAAGGAUGUCUGCUCGGUGCAGUGGCCAUGAUGAGCUCAAACCUUGUUCGUCAGUAACACCGUGGCCUUAUCAGUAAAAGUUUGUUCCGCAAUCGGCAACGUUGCGGACAGUGGCCCCUUCAUCAGAGCGGAUGAAUCAGAAGGGCAACGAGGAAGAAGAAGAAACUGUUGCCCGACAUUGCCGUCUGCGCUCUUUGCCGUUUAUUUUAAAGGCUACGGUGCCGUUGACGAACGGGUCGAGUUUUAUUGCUUGUGCGCCACGGCCAAUGCGGUGUCACCAACAUAAUUAGUUUCGGCGGGGUGGGGGGCGGUUUGUGAAUCACACGAAGUUUUGCAGAGAAAGAACGAGGCACCCACCUGGGUGUGGGUGCCUUUGCGAGUCAGUACAACGGGUAGGUUUAAUUAUAGGCUCUGGGCAGCGUGGGAGCGGGUUUUCGUUUUGUGUGGAUGUUGUCGCACGUGCUUAACGCACCCGAGGGACUGUCUGAUGAGGGACUGUCUGAUGGGGCCCAACACGGGACCCAGCUGGAUGUGAAGAGUAAACUCCGUGAGGCUCUCGUAUGUAAAGGUACAUCCCUGCAAUUUAUUUCUCGCUCCGCUGCUGUCGGCAGGGCCUCCGUUGGAGGGUGCUGUAGAGAGCGCUCUCAAGAGCAUAAUUUGGCCUACUUGCUAGACAUCUUGGAUAAAGGUGGGAAUACCCACACGUUGCCCCACCGCGUCACGACCUGCCCAUGGACUGACUGCGGCCGUACCCAAUUUAUACGACUGUGUUCGGCUCUGCCGGUGGUGCGACAACUCGCGAUGUUGUGGACAAAACCACGCUCAAACUUACACCGAGGAACCGGUUUAAGUUUGAGCGAGCGUUUGGUGUCAAAUGCACCAAUACAUUUUACUCCAGAGGCUGUGUUUUCACUCAACAACUUACGUUAACACAUAUCGACGUCUGAACGUCUUUUUUUUCCCCUGUUGGCGUUACCUGUUCCGGUAUAUCGAGAGAGACGGUCAAUUGAAUGUGGAUUCUCAAAUGACUUGCAUUUCAAUGAUUUAUUUUUUGAUCUCCGCCGUGGAAUAAAAGGCUGGCGGUUGGCAUAGAAACUACGUUUCUUUUGGCAAUUUGUUGAGCUGCUUAACACGGAACUUAUUUUGCCAGUGAAUACAGCAUCGCUGUAAAAAUCCUACCCUGCCCGUGGUCUUCAGUCAAGAGCAAAUCGUCGUCUCCUGCCUAAAAUCUUUAGCGGGUGCACUUGCGGUGUGCAUCGCGGGGUUCUUGUAAGGAAACGUAGGUUAUUUUUUGCGUACCCUCUCCGAUCCCAGAUGCCUCUGUCCAGAACCGACACCAAUUCUGUUCACCGUUGCUUCCAGUUCACUUUCCCCAACAACGUCCCGUGCCAAAAAAAACCGAAACGGCACGAUCCCUCGUGUCGGCGCUGAGACACGCACGCUCCGGGUACGUCGGCGCGUGCACACACGCGCCGACGUCGCAUCUUAAAACUCGCGGUCAUCUCGCGGCUCCGUUGGUCUCGAACGCCCCCCCCCCUUCCUCCUCCAUCUAAGUGUGAGGAUUUGUUUGGGGCACACUACGCAGAAUACCCGGACGGAUUGCGGAAACCUAGAAAAGGCGGAAGUUGCUUGCGCGCGCGCGCAAAGGCAGACAAAGGCGUUGGUCUGACUUUUUUUGCGGACGUGUCGCUCGCUCUGUUGUGAAAUCGUAAUCGAGGUGACGCCGAGCGCCGCCUCUUCGUUGUGACGCUCGCGUCGCGUCAACCCCGCCAGCUGUCUCUGCGUCGGUCCGUUUGAAACUGUGGACUCUCGGUCGGCGGCUGUCGGGGGGGAUGGAGGAGUGUUCAUCCUCAAGCUCUGCCUGGAGGCCGUCGCUUGUUAUUUAUUGCUCGAGGAAGCUUUGAUGCGCGUUGGGUAAAAUGCAAGCUGCUUUUCAAAUAAAUCCUAACAACGCCUUCUAAUCUCGCUGAUGUUAAUAGACAACGUCUGUUAUCGUCAUUCACGCGAUCAUCGUUUCUUACGUACAUUUGUUAAUUUGCACUGAUUUUUUUAAUUGCAGAGGCCAGAAGUAAUUUUUGCACAGUUUUGUAAAAUGUAGUUUUUGCAUUUUUUUCUUAAAACUACAUCUCAACCAUGCUUUGUCACCUAGAUUUAAAAAAAAUCACAUUUUCUUUUCAGGAUUUAUGUCCUACCCACUAUCAUGAUCCGCAGAAAAACGAGUUGCUUAGUCUGUGCCUAGCUCCGAAUUAAAAACUAAUGUAAGCCUCUGAGCUAAGCUAGGUUAAUUAAAUACAAAAUAAAUUAAUGUAACAUGGGUGAAGAUCAACUCGCGUGCAUCAGCCAGAUGGAUUGUUGCAUCACAGGACAAUGAGGCACGGCUUGGGGAGGGAGGCCUUCAUCCAGCAGUUGAUCGAUCAUGGCUGAUGAUAGCUUAUAUCACACGGUGAUUGGUGACUGGAUAGAGAAUAUCAUCGAGAUGUCGUUUAGAAGCUGUCACCUAUCGGGGGCUCGCUGGAUUAUUACUUUGCAGAAUCACCAGAGGUGGCUGCGGCUUGAGAACGCUUUCAACCAGCAGUGGAUUGAUCAGGGUCGAUGACGAUCCUUGUGGGGACCUGCUUUUACCCCGAGUGAGAGCCCGCGAACCGCACCCUGCAUUAUUGGCAGUUCUUAGUGUUUUUGUGACAGUGGCCUCAAUCCUUGUGAUCCGGCCAAUCUUCAUCGCUCUUCUUUGCACAGUUUCGAUGGCUUUGGUUUUGAAAACGGAAUGCAGUUCUAUGAAGCUACGAGCUGGCAAGCCCAGAGCAGCAGUGAGCCCCGAGAGUCGGUGGUCGAUAGGAAAGGUGAGGACGUGGCGUGCCGGCUUUUUAAUGGUUUUUUGUUUUUAUAUAUUUUCAUAACGUAACUUUAGAGUGUAAUAGGGCGCUGAGAUUUUAAGUAAAGAUUUAUGUUGUGUAGACAUGGAUCUGCAUGUGUUGAAUCAUAUUUUUAAAUAAAAUAAUACCUGGGGAAA